AUGUCACUCAUUACAAUCUCAUCACUUACCCACAUGUCGCCCGAAACCCUCGCUGAACUGCUCCUCUCCUCCCCUCCACCAAAUCUUGCCAUCAUUGAUGUGCGCGACUCCGACCACAUUGGUGGCAAUAUAAAAGGUUCUACCUGGGUACCAAGCAACACGCUUGAUUACCGAAUACCUGAGUUAUUGCGCUCCCUGAAAGACAAAGACCGGGUCGUCUUUCAUUGUGCAUUAAGUCAGCAGAGAGGACCAAGCGCCGCUCUCAGAUAUGCAAGGGAACGAGAGGGGCUAGCUGGAAAGCUUGGUGGGGAUGCUGAGAAGAAGACCCAGGAUAUCUGUAUAUUGGUUGGGGGUUUCAAUAUGUGGCAGGCAAAAUAUGGAGCGGAUGAGAGAUUAACGGAGAACUAUGUGAAAGACAUCUGGGACGACUGA